CCCGCGGCUCCUGGACCACCGCGCGCCUUCGACGUGCGCCCCGAGACGCUCUGGCAGGACGCACCGAGGAGGGGGGGCGCACGGGAUGGUGGCGUCGAGGCCGUGGCCCCGGUGACCUCUCUCCCCCGCCCAGCGCCAUGCCGCGCGGCCGCGAUGCGCGCUCAGACCUCGGCGCUCCAAGCCGCGACUCCGGCAGACGGCGGCGCUAGCGGCGGCGAGUGGCUCAUGGAGCCCGCGGUCGAGAUGCUCCAGGAGGAAGACGAGGAGGAGGUGGAGGAGGUGGUGCUGGUGGGAGAGGUUUUGACGGGGGCAUCCCCCGGUGUCCGCGCGCCCGGUGCAGCGGCCUCCUCCGCGUCGUCUUCGACGUUCGCGCUGUCGGUGGAGCGCAAGCGGAGCAUCCUGCAGGUGCCGGUGCCCGUGGUGCCGGGCCGCGCGUGGCGCUACCGGCGGGCCGCGCAGCGCCACGCGCGGUACCGGCGCCUGCAGAACGCCCUCUACAACGUGCUGGAGCGGCCGCGCGGCUGGGCGUUCUCCUAUCACGCACUCGUGUUCACAUUGGUGUUCAGCUGCCUGGUGCUGUCUGUCUUCUCCACGGUGCCCCAGUACCAGGAUCUCGCCUCCGAGGGCCUGCUCAUCCUGGAGUACAUCAUGAUCGUGGUGUUUGGCAUCGAGUACAUUGCGCGCAUCUGGGCGGCCGGCUGCUGCUGCCGCUACCGGGGCUGGAGGGGCCGUCUCAAGUUCUCCAGGAAGCCCUUCUGCGUGAUCGACAUCAUCGUGCUGAUCGCAUCGCUGGCCGUGCUGGCGGCUGGGACGCAGGGGAACGUGUUCGCGACGUCGGCGCUGCGCUCGCUGCGCUUCCUGCAGAUCCUGCGCAUGGUCCGCAUGGACCGCAGGGGCGGCACCUGGAAGCUGCUGGGCUCCGUGGUCUACGCGCACAGCAAGGAGCUGAUCACGGCUUGGUACAUCGGCUUCCUGGUGCUGGUGUUCUCCUCGUUCCUCGUCUAUCUGGCCGAGAAGGACGAGAACCAGAAGGAGUUCGGCACCUACGCCGACGCACUCUGGUGGGGCACGAUCACGCUCACCACCAUCGGCUACGGGGACAAGUGCCCGGUGACGUGGGUGGGGCGGCUCAUGGCGGCCAGUUUCGCGCUGCUCGGGAUAUCCUUCUUCGCCCUCCCAGCCGGAAUCCUGGGCUCAGGAUUUGCCCUCAAGGUGCAAGAGCAGCAUCGUCAGAAACACUUUGAGAAGAGACGCAGCCCGGCUGCAGGGCUCAUACAGGCAGCGUGGCGCCUCCACUCGACGGACGCCAGCCGCCCCCACCUCAUCGCCACCUGGAGGUUCUACUACGACUGCAUCCCGUCGCUCAGCCAGAAGGUCGGACUCCGAGAGCGCCUCUCCAGCCCCGUCACGCAGCUCAUGCGCAGCCGCCCGGGGGGGGCACAGGGCCCCCCACGCCGCACUCACAGCGCCGACUCCUCCGUGCAGGGACUGGGGGGCCCUCCCAACCCGCCCCUCGGCACGCCGGCGCACAGCGACGUGGUCAACAACAAUCCCCUCCGCGCCACCACCAAGGGCCGCAGCCACAGCUUGGGGCUGGGCGAGCGAGCGCGGAGGCGGACGAGCCUGCGGCUGGGACGCGCGCCCGGGGCACGCUCCGCGCAUGAGACUGGAGUGUUUCUGGAAGGCGGCUCUGAGGAAUCGGGCUGCUUCUUGGAUGAGGCCCCUCAGGACUUCGAGCCCUCAGUGAAGGCCGUCAUUCGUGCCAUCAGAGCAAUGCACUUUCUUGUCGCCAAGAAGAAGUUUAAAGAGACGCUGCGACCAUAUGACGUGAAGGACGUCAUCGAGCAGUACUCGGCCGGACACCUUGACAUGCUCAGCCGCAUCAAGAGCCUACAGGGAAGGGUGGAGCAGAUUGUGGGCAUGCGUGGGCAGAGCCAAGGGGAGAAGCGGCCGUGGAAGGAGAAGGGGUCCAGCCUGGAUGGAGGGGAGCCGCCUGACGACAUCAGUCUCCUGGGCCGCGUGGCACGUGUCGAGAAGCAGGUGCAAGUGAUUGAGGACAAGUUGGAUGCGAUCAUUGAGCUGCACCGCCAGGCAAGGUUACGGGCGGAGGGCUACGUUCAAAAGGAGCCCACUUCCAGGGCACCUACACCAGGUGACACGAAGUUUUCGGUCUUCGCUGCCAGUCCCUCUGGAGACCCGGGCACAGACGAGGCAGAUGAAGCGGUGACCGCACGUGUGAGGGUGUCAUUCACAGGGAAUGUGGGCACGGUGGCGCGCACGUCGCCUCCAACUGCUGCGACUACUCCGGUCACGCUGGCCAAUGGGCUUGCGGCUCUCACGAUGCUACCACACUCUCCCGGCCACCCCGUGCAAGACCUCCCUCCCCCUUACCCGACAACGGCACACUCAAUGCCCACGAUUUCCAGCACCUUGCGAGAAACGGACUCUCUGGAUGAUCCACCAGGUGUGUGUGUGGCUCCGCAACAGGUGAGCAAGGCAGGACAUGGGCAGUGGAGAGGCCACCAAGACUCUGCACAAUGUGCACCACCCACACCCCCAUGCUCACACCAUGCCGGCAUGGUGCCAGGGCAGCUUGAAGUGACACUGUCGGGCUCCAUGUUGAGCGAGAUGGCGGGAAUGGCGGUCUGUUCUGAGCCAUCGCUGGCUGUCAUCGGGGACAGUCGGGCACAGAUUGGCUCGGCUGCCCCAGCUUGGUCAGGACAAGUGGCUGAGCAGGGCCCAGAAGUGAGGCCCCAGGCUGGCGGGCUGGUCACGGAGCCCAGGGGCUGCAGAUAAAGCAGCGGGCAUGGGGCUCUGUUGUCUCCCUCCAGGGUGGGCUCGAUGGGCCAGUCAUCUGUGCUCAGGGCCCACACCCGGAUGGAGGUGGCGUGUGAAGGACACCCGCCCAUGAGAACAGGCAGGUGGUCCGCUGUCUCGUCAUUUUUAUAGUGGAAGAAGUUAAUAUCCAAGCCAAGUGGACUGUCAAAUGCACCUUACUGCUCCAAGUUAAAUUGGAGUGUUGAGUCAUUACCAUUGCCAAUUGACGGGUGUUUAAGCCCUUUCAUGUACAAGGAUUUAAUUUUGCACUUCCUGGCCCAUUGAAAUACUAUAGUAGACCCGCAGGUAUCACAGGUGGCUGCUUUGCAGUUAGUCUUACUGUAUCAGAAACCAAAGGCAGAGAUUAUGCACCACAGGCUUGGGAUUAAAUGUUUUAAGUAUAAUUUAGAGUACUGACUGUGUGUCAAUGUACAUGACAGACCUGUAUCAGAAGCCAAAUAUGAUAGUGUAUUUCCUUCUGCCAAAGCAUGAAUAUCAAUAGAAACAAGCAUUAUGAAUGUACCUACCGAAUAGUAUCCUGCUUUUUAUAUAUAACCAGUGAGGUAUUUAAAAAAAGGUGAGUGAUGGAUUUCAGUGAGACGUUAAACUAUGUUAUUGCGAUUACAAUAGUGGGUGAAUGUAUGCAUUACUGUCUGUUCUACAUGUGUGGGUUGUGUGUGUGUGUUUGUAUAUAAUAGGGCAUGGUGGUGCAGUGGUUAGCACACAUCUUGGCUACCCAGUUUCAAUACCUGACAUCAGUAUCUAAACCUGUAUUAUACUUCUUCUAGGUCAACAUCGGAGUAACUGAUAGGAUAUUGAAUAAUAACAUUGGGAAGACAAUCAAACAUAGCGUGCUUUGCCAGCUAUAGUACCCAAUCACUAACAGCAGCUUGCCCCUGUGGUCUAUAACGGUAAAUGGAAAUCUUUGAUUUUACGUGUACAUGGUUAAUCUGGUCAAGGCCAUCAAGAGGACGGGCUUUGUAUUGUGCUUUGUGCCUUUUGGGGUUCUGGCUCUUGCUGGGUGAGAAUACCCAUGUAAAGAUGUAUUCAGGCACCAGAGGCAUUCACUAUGCACCUGUGGGUGCAUCAGGGAUGUUCAACAUGUGUUUGUUUCCACGAUUUAAGUUGAUUUAGUUUGAAUCAGGUGGGAACUCCAGAUAAGGAUGGUUCCAAUGCAAGAGUGACUUGGGUCACCAGUAUGACAAAGGUAAAUUUAAUAAUUAACAGAAAUUAAGCAAGUAUAAAUCGGAAAAAAACAACUGUCGCACGAGACAUCAACGUUAUAAUAAUAGUUUACAUUUAUUUGUAAGGCGCCUUUACGAAUGUCUCAAGUGCACAAACAUAAUUCGCUGUCUUACAUACUGCAAGUUGGCUUGGGUAGAUUAUUUUUAGACUGACCAUAAAUCAAUUACAAUUUAAGUUACAGAAACAUUAAAUAGAUAUAGGGUUUACACCAUUGGAACCUCAUUUGCCAGUAAAAAUAUGAUAAUUGUUUUUUACCCUUCUAUCUGACAACAAAACUGACGCCUUUUUACAAGGAGUCAUGUUUGCA